GCAUUUGGCCAGUUGGCCAGUUGGCUGGCAACAUUUGUGGCAGCUGCACGGGAGCCUCUAGAGUUUUUUGUUUGUGGCAAAUAAAAUGCUGCUGGAUGAGUUCUGUGUGAAGGUCUAUUUCUGGCCAUUUCUGUCGUACUUGGCCAGCAUCAAGGGCUGGUGUCCGCCCUAUCCGCCAGGUUAUUUCGCCUUCUAUCCAUUGCCCCAGCCGCCCAUAGUGCCAUUAACGCCCACAUCCACCUACGCAGUGUAUCCAACGUUUCAACCGACGCCGCCCUUGCCGCAGACGCCGCCAACGCCGCCGUUUCCCACUCCAGGCAGCACAUCCACAACAACAACAUCGACUACGAGUACUUCAUCAUCGGCAACAACGACAACAACGACAACAACAACCGGCAGCACUUCGCCGGGCAGCACGUUUCCCGCACCCACGUGUCCAUCGUCGCCAUUUGUGUGUCUGCCAGGCGGCGUGCGUCCACUGCCGGAUUGCCCCUGCAUCGAUCCCAGGCAGCAGCAGCAGCAGCCGCCAGUCAUCGGUUCGGAUAUGAUGGUCUUUAUGCCACUGAAUCCAGGUCGACGUCGUCGUCGCCGGCCCCAGCUGCAGAGCUGCCAGGAUGCACGCGGUCGCGUCGGCGCCUGUGUGCCGUUGGGCAGCUGCGCCCAUCUGAUCCAGGAGUACCAGGCGGCGGGCACAGCCGGCAGCGACUUUCAAUCGUUUCUGGGACAGUCCAUUUGCGGCUUCGAUGGCGCCAGCUUUCUGGUUUGCUGCGCGACGACACGUGCGCCCCUGGUCAACAGAAGCCCCAAGGAGUAUGUGCUGCACAGCAGUCCACCGAUUGGCGCCUUUUCCUUCUCUUCGCUGGGCGCCGCAGCCACGCAGCCGCCCGGGCAGCCCAUCGCCGUCUUUCAGCCCACGCCGCCAGUCAACCAAGCUCCAGUUCAGGUAGCUGCUUCUGCGCCAGCUCCCGCCUUGCAGCCCAGCCCAGACUGUGGCAUUGGAGGCGCCACCACAAAUCGCGUGGUGGGCGGCCUGCCGGUGCGCAGAGGUGCCUAUCCCUGGAUGGCGGCGCUGGGCUAUUUUGAGGAGACCAAUCGCAAUGCCCUGAAGUUUCUCUGCGCCGGCAGCCUGAUAAGUGCCCAAUUUGUCAUCACCUCGGCGCACUGCAUCAAUCCAAUGCUGACGCUGGUCAGGCUCGGGGCACAUGAUCUGUCCAAGUCCGCGGAGCCGGGUGCCAUCGAUUAUCGCAUCAGGCGCAGCAUUGUUCACGACCAAUACGAUUUGGCUUCCAUUGCCAAUGAUAUUGCGCUCAUUGAGCUGAACGGCGAAGCGCCAUCUAACGGCGAUAUACGUCCCAUUUGCCUGCCAGAGGCGAGCAGGUUUCAGCGCGAGGAUCAAUUCGUGGGCAUGAAUCCGUUUGUGGCUGGCUUUGGGGCAACCAAACAUCAGGGCGCCACGUCCAAUGUGCUGCGCGACGCACAGGUGCCCAUUGUCUCACGGCAGAGCUGCGAGCAGAGCUACAAGUCUGUCUUCCAGUUCGUGCAAUUCAGCGACAAGCUGAUCUGCGCUGGCAGCUCCAGUGUCGAUGCCUGUCAGGGGGAUUCCGGUGGACCACUUAUGCUGCCGCAGUUGGAUGGCGGCAUCUAUCGCUAUUACUUGCUGGGCAUCGUUUCCUUUGGCUAUGAGUGCGCCAAGCCUGGUUUUCCGGGCGUCUAUACGAGAACCAGCAGCUACUUGAACUGGAUACAUCAGAUAUUACGCGGCGUUUCCAGGGGCAGAGCGCGCCGAUUUCUAACGCAAAUUCACUGAGUUGGCUGAAAUACCUGUUCCCCAAAAUAUAACACUUACACGCAGACUGUUUGUUGAGUUUAUUACGAAAAUUCUUUGGGUUUGACAUGCCGUAAUUUCUAUGGAAUAAACUUAAAGGAACAGUUGUCCUCCGUGUGUUUAAGCUUAAAUAAAACCUUUAAGUGUUAGUUCUAACUAGAA